AAAAAGUGAUAAUAUUCAAUUAUUUACAUUUUAUAAAAAAACUAAAUUAAUUUCACUUUUUUUUUGAGAAUGACAAUUCUAUUGGCUGUAUGUCUAGUGCCUGUGUUGAAAUCGCGGAUAUUCAACGACUACAGUCAUCACGAAUGUCUAGUACACUACUAUCUAUAUAGCUAAUGAACCAACCGUUGGCAUAGAAUAGGUACCUAAUAGUGCCUACUUAGCUUUACGCUGCUUUUCGUGUGAUUCAUAAAUUAAUCGAAGCCAUAGCCGCUAAUUAAUUAUUUCUUCUAGUUUGUCUAUCCAUGUGACGUUAUCAAAAGUUAUUUUAUUCGAAGCCACAUACAGUAGGUUUGCUGAUUGUUGGAGGAAAAAAGGAUGGAGAAUUUGAGCGGUAGCGGAAGUCAAUCGAGUUCCGUUAGUGAGCUCGAAAAAGAUUUUAAUGAUAUAUUGCAAAACAGAAAAGACCGCCGUAGUAUAGUUCUUCGAACGUCAGCUUCUCGAAAAGCAAAACGAGUAAGGUUUUUUCGGAACGGUGACAAGUUCUACUCAGGAGUAAUAAUUCCGGUCUUGCCUGAAAGAUACAGGUCUUUUGAUAGUUUAAUAGCAGAUUUGACAAGAGUAUUAGUGGACAAUGUGACGUUGCCUAGUGGUGUCCGGACAAUAUAUGCUUUAGAUGGUAAAAAAAUAGGAAAACUUGAUGACCUUGAAGAUGGCCAGUCCUAUGUGUGCAGCGGAUUCGGAGAACCAUUCAAACGAUUGGACUAUGAAGCCAGCGCUGUGACUCCACAGUCGUUUAGAUUAAGUGGACCCGAAUUACCUAGUGACUCUCCAAGUGUAAAAGCUACCAACAGAUAUUCCCGAUGUAUCCAGGCAAACGGUUCGCUAAAUGUCAGCAACGGGACCGCGCGGGUCAGUCCAGUUCCUUCGGAAACCGUGAUUCGAUCACGUAUCGUAACCAUCAUAAGGAACGGAGUGAAGCCACGCAAGGUAUGCAGACUGUUGCUGAAUAAGCGCAACAGCCCGACACUAGAGCAGGCGCUGGCCUCCAUCACAGACUGCGUGAAACUGGACACUGGGUGCGUUCGGAAAGUCUUCACGCAGUCCGGAACUCCCGUCACCGCAUUGCACCAGUUUUUUCAAGGCGAAGACGUAUUUUUUGCAUACGGAAAUGAAAGGGUAAAUCAGGAAGACUUUGAACUUGAAUUUGAAGAAAGUAAAGCUGUGCUACAAUGCAGAAAGACGCCCAUUACCAGAACCACAAGGAAAGGGCCGUCACCGGGCAUGCCAAAGAAGGCCGGCGGGGCGAGCCGCAAGUCAGAGACGGGCGAAACGACCGACGAUGCGACCAAGUCCAUCGACCUGUCACUUAUGCCGCAGCCUCUAAGGCUCAAGUACAACAUUGGGGAUAUCAUAGGCGAAGGCAAUUUCGCGGUGGUGCGCAUUUGCAAUAACAAAACAACUGGCCAAAAUUAUGCUCUGAAAGUAAUAGACAAGCUAAAAUGCAAGGGCAAAGAGCAUUAUGUAGCAGCAGAGGUCCGAGUGAUGCGAAAGCUGUGUCACCCCCGUAUCGUCACGCUGUAUGACGAGUUCCACACGCCGGAAUGGCUUUUCCUCGUACUGGAGUUGGUUAGCGGUGGGGACUUAUUUGACAACAUCACCGCCUCCGGUGUGUUCUCGGAAGCGCAGGCCCGCUUGCUGAUCAGCCACCUAACAUCCGCCAUAGCGUACAUACAUUCACUCUCCAUCGUACAUCGCGACAUAAAACCUGAAAAUCUAUUGGUGGAGAUCGCCCCUGACGGCAGCAUACGAGGUCUAAAGCUUGCUGACUUCGGUCUAGCCGUGGAAGUCAUGGGGCCACUGCGCGCCAUCUGCGGUACACCUACAUAUGUCGCGCCUGAGAUCCUCUUGCAAACUGGCUACGGCUUAAAGAUCGACGUCUGGGCGGCGGGUGUGAUCCUAUACAUCCUGCUGAGCGGCUUCCCUCCGUUCUCGUCUCCCAACGGCGACCAGGAGCGGCUGUUCGACGCGAUCCUGUCUGGGCGGCUGGAGUUCCCGGCGCUGCCGUGGGAGCACGUGUCGGCCGGCGCCAUCGACCUCGUGGCCAACAUGCUGCGCCCGCAGCCCGAGCUGCGCUUCGCGGCUGAGGACGUGCUCGACCACGCGUGGAUGUCGGAGGACUACGACGGGAACUGCGACUCGGGGCUGUGGCAGGACGGGGACUCGUCAUAGCGCGCCGCCGGCGCCGCGCCGCGCUCGCGCGCCCCUCGCUCGCUCUAGUGCAGUCCCGGGCUUCGAGCCUCAUGGCGAUCAUAUCGUUAAUAUCAAACGGCAAAAAUCAUACCGCCUUGUACUAUUCAACUUGACAAUGCAACUGACAGACAUUUACUAAGUAGAGCAGACACCACAACAUAUAUUUUGUGGCAUUGCUAAGCACAUUUUUCUUAUAUAUACGUAGCUCUCCGUUGCUCCCUUACACAUUUAUAUUGCUGUCGCAUACGACCAUCUUUAUGGACGGGUUGUACAUUUACCAAGUAACAAAGACAGCAAGACGUCUCAGCAGUGUACAAAAUUCUGCGACUUCCCUUUACUCACCAACACGUAGAACUAAACUUUUCGCAUUGUAAUGAGUUUAACGAGGGCGUUUUCAUUUAAUCAUGUACCCUUAAGUCGUCACAAUACAUCAAUGAUAUAAGACGGAUGUUUAAGUAUAAGUUACAAUGAAAAUGUCCACGAAUGUAAUCAGUUAACUUUGCCAUUCAUAGCACAAAACUGUGAUAGUAAAUGGUCAGUAUGUGACGGCCAGGGCAGUCAUGUCACGUGUCACAUCCUAAAUUAUUGGUUGUACGUGACUUCAGUAAAUACCUCGUGAAUCCUUGCAAUUAAUAAACAAUGUGAUACGAGCUCCCUAUAAACUUUUACCCCCUUACUUAUAAACGUCUACUAAAGUUACGAUGCCGCUAAUAAUCGUUUUUCUCUUUCCAUCAUACCAAUACGUCGGAAAGGGACAAACGAUUAUUAGCGGCAUCGUAACUUUAGUAAACGUUUAUGAAUAAGGGGGUUAAAGUUUUUCAUAUUUGUUUGCUGGUGUUGAUAUUAACUGGCGGACUAUUUUUGACACAGCUUGGUGGUAUUAAAAGAAAUCGCAUAUUUGUGACAAAUGUGAAUCCUUAUUAUCCUAAUUUACUGUUUACUUUGUAAACUUUGCCAUGUUUGAUAUUUACCGUAUAUCGUCGAGGGCCCGUUUAGACUAGCCCCGCGUAUAUUAUAAGCGCUGUAUGCAAGGCAAUAUUAGGCAUUUAUGGAACUGACACGUUUCGGUAGGUACCUAUAAAAUUUUUAGAUACAUAUUUACAUUUAUGAAAACAUGAAUUUUGCCAAAAGGUUCCAGAAAGGUUCCAAUCUUCGCGGGAUAUUAACGCAUAUCGAUGCUGAAAGCAUUUGCAAGUUGGGUCUUGCUCUACUGAUUACUCUGUAGAUUUUACUGUUAAUUUCUGCGAAGAAAAGUUCCGCUAUUUUUUGUUAGAACUUAUAGGAAUACAAAUGCAUUUUUGUCGUUCCACUAAUAAAACUAGCGGGGACAGACUUUAAGCAACAGCUGCCCGGGCUUCGCUUAUACAGCCUUCAUAACCGCCGCGGAGCCCUAUAGGCUGUAAGAUAAUAAUUCAUAACACCAAUACCAAAGUUACUUCUAAUAUAAUAUCAAUAUCAAUUUUUAACGUUGAAAGUUGGUAUGAAAAUAAAGUUUUCUGGACGUUUUAUACAUGGGUAAAUAAAUUAUAAAAGAUAUGUAACUGAUAUUGAUGUGAUAUAUGAUCAGAAAUUUAUGAAGUCCUCAAAUAAUUUUGUAAUUUUUUAAUUUGAUAAGGCAUUGGGACAAACGGAUUUAUACAGUCGGCUCGUGAUUGUACACCAUACAUCCUUAACGUUUGACGAGGGCUUAGUAUUCAAGAGCCCCGUGUCCUUAAUAAAUUGACACGAACAAUGUCGACGAACAUAUCAGGUCUCUACAAGAUACAUUAUGUUUAUUUAUCGACUGUUGAAGUCUAAAUAUGUUUUCCCCACACCAACUGGUAAAGGCCCUCUUGAUUGUUCAAAAACUAAUGAGAAAGUUGCGUUAUACCCACAUGCGGGGGAAAGUAAUCGGAUGCAAAUUUUGAGUUGUUUCCUUAGGUUAGCUGGUAGAAUUGACUUAAAUGAUGAUUCAAAAUUCAAAAAUUUAUUCUGCAAGUAGGCCUCAAGGGCUCUUUUACAAGUCAAUACAACAUUUUAUAGUAACAUCAUAUAGUGACAUGAAAAAUACAUAACAACAUUUAUUUUGGAUUUUGGAUGAUAAAUAUUUAAUUACGUUCAUUUGGAUUUCUUUUGGUUUGUUUUUUUCUGGUAUUUCAUAGUUAUUAUUUUCCUCGCGUUGGUGUGGUGAAAAAUGUUGUGUUCCACUAGGAGGCAAAGUUUGUUUAACCCUCGUGCCUUGAAACCCUCGCAACGCUCAAGAUUCCACUUCUCGAACCACUCGCUACGCUCGUGGUUCAAUUUUGGAAUCUUUCGCAUGCUCGGGUAUCAAUAUUAGCACGAGCGGUUAAACAACAACUUUGCCCCCUUGUAAAACAAUAGUUAUUUGUUUUUUUUUUCACCCCACCAACACAGGCAAACUACUAAUUAUGAAAUACCAAAAAAAUCAAAUCCAAAUGAACGUAAUAAAAAAAUAAUUAUACAAAAUCAUCAUUUUAAAGUCAAUUCUACUAGCUAAAUUAGGAAACAACUCAAAAUUUGCAUCUGAUUACUUUGCCCUACAUGUGGAUAAAAUACAACUUUCUCAUUCGUUUUUGAACAAUCAAGAGGGCCUUUACCAGUUAGUGUGGUGAAAAUAACUAUUAUAUGCAUAUCAUUUUUUUUUCAAACAUGUGUACAUCCUUGGACAUACUCUUUAAAAAGAUAAUAUGACCAGAAAGUAUACCUGACCUUCUUAACUCGAAGAAAAAGUAUCCGUAAAAUUAAGAUGCAUAUUGUAGUACAACACGCUAUAUUUGCGUCUUUCAGUAUGGUGCUAAGUUUUGACAUAAUAUUUGAAUUAUAUCCCGUAUCGCCUCUUGGUAUCGAGAUUUCACUACGAGAAAUACAAAAUUUCCAUAAAUUGUUAUGAUAGCGAAAUGCAGAGCCUUAUAGCUAAGGCCUACAUUUCCGGAAAUGUAGACAUGCGUCCAUACUUCUUCGAACCAGUUCCUAGCCAUGUCAUUCUAUGACGGUGAUAGUAAUAACAUGGCCAAGCACCUUGGGCAGAAACAAACCUGGCAAGUAAUGAAACUUAUGCAUAUAGAUAGUCCAGGACCUAGCCUUAAUGUGAGCACGCGUUUUAGUCGAAUUAUGUAAUAUUAUUGGUGGAUGUUAGCAUAUAUCCGUCUAUGUCAGAAAAUUAGAGGGGCUUUGUUUGUGUAUUAGCGCCUACUUUAUUCGCCAGAGGUGCUUUAACAUGUAAAAGUGGUUGAACCAUAUUUGGAUAAGGCCUUGCUCAGUGGGUUUAAAGUACUUUGCUUUCGUAAUCAUUUCAAGAUAACAAUGCCAAAAAGCUUACGUCAAUGUUGUCACUCCAAUGUAAUUAAAUGUAAUACGUAAAAUGAAAUGAACUAUGAAUUACUGUACUAGUUUAUAGUGACGAAAAACGGCGUGACGAACAAAGGAAAUACACAUGUGGCGUUAAAACCCCUAAUAUAAAAAUAUACUGUAUGCUAAAAUUAUAUUUAAACAAAUAUAACCAAAUGAAGGCUAGAAAGCACGUGGAUGAGUGAAUGGUAAUUCAUGAAUAAAAGUCUGAUAACAUUUGGUAGCAUUUAACGUAUGACUGGGCUGGUUUAUAUUUAUUAAUGACAUGCGCAAUCUUUAUUGUCGUUUUAGAUAAUUAUUAAUUAAUGUAUUUAUCACACCGGAUGCGUCCUGCAGUCUAUGGUAACGGUGAAACGGAAUGAACUGGUUUUCAUUAUUGGAAUUUACAGACAGUUGAAACUGUACAGUACGUUAAAUACAACAUAUAAAAAUUUAAAUAACAAGUAUUACUUACAAAGAGUUAAAACUGUAUGAACUUCAUUCCACAAAUAUUACAGUGAUCCGACAGCUUUUCAAUCUUUUCCUUGUGUUUGUUAAUUUAUUUUUAUAUGAAAUAAAAGAAAUGGUAUAGAUUAUUAAAAAAAAAAAAUUCAAUUAAAAACUGUCUUGUAUUAUUAGGAAUGUGCUGAAGUUUAAUAGGAAAAUAUUGGCCACUGUUGGAUCGCUGUAUUGUCUGUAUUCGUUUUCUGGUGUUGUAUGAUUGAUACCAUUUCAGUUUAAACAAAUGAAAAAUAUAUACCUAGAUUUAUAUAAAAUUUAAUAUAAAUAAUAUUUAUGAAACAAUGAUUUAUUUUAUGAAAUUAGUCUAUUUGAUUUAUUUCUUUAUAGUGUGCAUAAAAUAUAAUAAUUAAGAGUGUAGCUUGCUGAAUAAAUAGUUUGCUUCGGAAGUAAGGUAGCUUAUAUUAGGUGAUAGGGGAUCACUGCAGUGGCAGUCCGGCGCAAACGACAUGGAAGAGUCGAGAGCAUCUCGCACAGAAGUGUGUGCCAAAUUUAGUCCACUCAUCAUUCAUUAGAUCCAAUCACUCACAAAGAUGACACUCGAAUAAUCGAAAUCUGGUGAAAGAUUCAUAUAGUAUAGUGUGACAAAGGCUUUUUAAAAUGAGACUUGGAAGAAGUGUUAAUUACCAGUGAAAGUAUAAGUAUUAAAUAUGAUUUUGUAUUAGGCAAAUAAAAAUCAUUGUAUUGACCUGCGUUGCGAUAUAAUUAUGGAUUAUGGUAUUGAAUGUUUUUUGUUUUUAUUUUAUUUCUAAUAUUAAUGUUCAAUUAUCAAUUAGUUACGAUAUGAAUUUAUUAUACGAAAUGUCCUGUUGACGUUGAAUAUUAUGACAUGACUUUUAAAGAAUUUUUAGCACUACGCACUAAAACUUAUUAUAUUAUUUUAGAACCAGUUAAACUAGCAAUGCGUGCGUAGAGAGAAAACUUAAAUUCUUUAUAACAGUCUUCAAAAUAAAAAGCCAUUCCCAAACGUUUUAGACUUAACAUUAUUUUGCAUUAGUAAGAACUAUCCCACACGGCGACUUUUUGCAGCGAUACAGAUUAUUAUGAGAUCUAUAAGAAUGUCAUCAACUAACACAGUGCAAAAGUUGAUUGACGCCCAAGUAAAGAAAAGCAGGAAAGGUGUGAAAUUGCAACUAGGUACGCUACUGCACUGCUGUACGCUACAAAAAAAUCGUGCAAUGCUCUAAAGGAUAAUAGUUGAGGCAAACAAAUACGACUACAAUUUGGGAUCAUGCUUGGUUGCCUUGCUUUUCUCCGUUAUUUCUUAUGUACCACUUAUGUUAAAAAAUAUAGGUAGUACCUACCAAUGCAACUUAGUUUUUGUUAAAGAUAUGUUAUGCAUGCGCUAAAAUACCAAGUUGAAACUGUUAAGAUACACUGCUACUACAUACUUAUGCAAAAAAUUAAAUCAUAUUUCUAAUUUUUUUUUUCUUGUCCUUUUCAACCCUAUAAGUCGAGGCCGACUGCAGUUGUUGCGAGAAUAGAUAUAUCUGUGUUGAACUCUAACACGAAUUACUAAGAAUAUACUUCGUUAGCUUCUUCUGGUAUCUCAGUGGUUUUAAAGAAAACUCUCGGCUUUUAAACAUCUUCAGUUUAAAUUAUUGGCCAAGUCUGCGUAUCGGGUCACACAUAUGUAAGCAUCACAAUAGUUAAUAUCCUGUAUGUGGCCUUAUACUGAUAAUAACGUGUAGUAUGCACCGGGCUUUAUACUUUUUGGUUGUUGUGUUUAUGGUCAUUUUAGUUUUAUAUAGAGAACUGUCAGAUUUUGGCGGAAUGCCGUCGACCGAUAUUAUGUACGAUUUGAUCUUAGUUAAUACGGUGUAUCGAUGUAAUAAAAGAAAUAUUAACUGGAUGCAGUGGUUUGUAUGAUAAACCCCAUUUACUGAGCUUUAAAUCAAUGGACUUCUACAUCUCAGAAAGCGGGAUUAUGAAUUCAAAUGCCCACAUAGAUAUUGGAUGCACUUAAUUUAUUUUCACUUGUAUAGAGGUGCAUAAAAAUGUAAGUUGCUUGGUCUUUUAAAUGUUUGUUUCAUAGUCGAAACAGUUGAGUUGAUAGUAUAUAAAUGAUACAAGAUUUCAUUAGCUUGUUUGUUUUGCUCGCUAAAGAGAACGAUUGACAGUUCGUUUCGUUUGCAUAAAUCAAAAGUUUUGUUUUAAAUUUUCAAUGUACUGUACAUAGUUACAUACAUUUGCUAUGGUAUUGACCUAUUUAUUAACCCGUGUUCUUGUCAUUGUUUGUUUUCGGUUUUGUGAGAUGAGACGGAAUACAAUGAGAGUAGAUCUCGAAAAUGCAAGCGCAAGCAAUCAACCAUCAACUUUCUGGUGAGACAAGAGCCAUACUUAAGAGCCUGUGACAUGGUUAUGAAGGAAGGCAACGCGGUAAGGAUGGCAUUGUGCAGUGCAAGUGCUCAGUGAAUCUAGUUAUUAACACUGAGUUGUAUAAUGACAUUCUGUAAGUUGAAUGUUGACUAUUACUAUUUUUGGAUGGACUAAUGGCAAUGAAAGGUUUUUUUAAUCAUGCAUGAGUAUAUAAUACUUAUAUAUGUUAAGAGAUAACAAAAAAAAGGUAUUGGAUUGGUAUCCUAGAGGUUUUUGCUAUGAUGGAAUGAUGGUAUAACUAAGAUGAGAGGAAGAACUUAAUCUGUCAGCGGGCUAGAAUUGUAGGACAGUGGCCCAUGAUAGUUUUAAAGAAAAAGAGCUAAAGGAGGCCUUUAGCAAGCAGCACACUCAUUAAAAUAUACUUCUAUCUACUUUGGUCUCAAUAGAAUCUUAAUAAAAAUCAUUUAAAUCAUUUUGGAUAAAAUACACAAAUGAAUUCGUUUAUGAUUUGAUAACAAACAAAUUAUUUAUUUAUAAAAGUUAUUUAGGUUUUAGGUACUCAUAUGGGAAAAUUCAAAAGAAAAAAGUUAAUUGAAGAUAUUGAAUGAUAUAGGUAUAAGCAUUGACUUGCCUAGUAUUGCUAAGUAUAUUGAAAAUUAUUUAUCUGGAAAUUUAAAGAGAGGCAAAUAGAAACAAAACUGAAUGAAUGGAAUCACACACACUAUAUGAUUUUUAAAUAUGAAAUGAUACUGAUAGUUUCAUGUCUUUUUCAUAAUAUUGUUUUAAAUGUAGCAUUACAAUAAUCUAAUUUUGUAUAUGAGAAAUAUUUACAUAGGUACUUAUACAAUUUAAAGAUGAAAAUAAAUGUGCUGAAUUUUUGGAAAUUUUAGAUAUCAUUUGAUGUAUGGAAAUUUUGCAUAUUGGACUAUAGGGAUAUUAUUCCAGACUUGACAUCUUCACUGCGGUAGGUGGUUGAAAGACCUCAUACAAAGUAUGGUUAAUUACGAGUUACACUUAAUGCUGCAGCGAAGGUAUUAACCCUCACACCUCACAUACAAACCAAGGAAGUUAAAUUAAUAUCAUUAAUGAUAUUAAGUACCAUUUUAUAUUGUAAAACAGACUUGCACCAAUUUACUGCUGUCAUGUUCCUCUACGGUGCCAAAAUAUAAAUUACAAUUUCAAAGCAUCAUUAUUAUCAUUCAGGGAAUAUGAUGUUGAUGUCUCGGGCCCGUUUUGGUUUUUGACAUUUCACAUCAUGCAAGUCUUUUUAUUUAGAAUUCUUGUAGCUCUAUUAAUACUAUAUAUAAUACUUAAUACCUUUACAUAGUUGAGAAGCAGUAUUUAUCUAUGUUUGUGUGUUUUUUAUGCAUUUUAGUAAGUGCAAAUAGCAUAGUGCAAAUUCUGCCUAUAAAAGCAUUAGUUAAACAGGAUUGAGUGAACAGAUUACUUUUCUGUGCUGUCAACACACAUGGUCAUAUUGUUGAAAAUAUUAGUGUUGUCAAAGAUUUCAAAAGUAAAGAUAUGCCCAUUCAUAUAACCGAACAUUCUCAUUUGGUGUGCCUAGUUCGAUUGCUACAAUGCACAUUGAUGGUUGAUGAGUUUGCAUCAGUCGCAUAGUUACUUUGGAGUGCACGCUUGGCUCGCAUUCACUGACACCGCUGUGCUGGCACCAUACUGGGUGCCCGUAAGUCCCAUCUUUAUGAAGAAAUUUAUAAGUCAAUGAAUGUUGUAUUAUUUUUCUUAAAUUUACUAGGUAUGAAAAUUUAAAUAAUGCAGCUGUACAAUCCAAUAACAAAUCACGAAUGAAAUCAUGAAUUGUUGCUAUGAAAUACAAUUUAUUAGUGACUUAUAGUUUCAUUUGCUUUAAGGGUGAAUCUGAAAUAAUUAUUGUAUGACAGGUUCAGGUUAAUAAACUUAACAGUUAGUGCUAUUCAAUCAUUAAAUUUCAGGUUACUAAAAAGUAGGUAAAGGUGUAAGUAAUGGACACGACCAGAAAGUGUCUUACAAAGGUAAAAGCAGUUUACUUAGUUAUAUAAAAAUAUUGUAAAGUUUAAGAAAAUCAAUUUAUAUAAAAUUAAUAUGCUAACAAAAUCAGUGUUCCUUUGAAAAGACAAGACUUACAGGAUUGUCAUUGAAAAUUGACUUAAAAUGUAAAAUUGAUGAAUAUAACAGGUAACACUAAUUAUUUACUAAGACAUUUUAGUAUGGUUUUGUGAAGAACUGUGUGAUUGACCUAAACAAAGGAUAUACACACCAGAGUGAGUUAUAUGAAUGAAGUUAAAAGUAGAUAACAUUUUAAUUUAAUGAAGCCUUAUAAAGUAAUUCAUAAAUUUUUGUAUCAUAAAAAUUUAGCUUGAUAAAGACACACAUGAUUUUGUGACAGAAGGUACAGUGAUGACAAGAAAUAAGUGGGUGAUAUUAAAAAUAUUUAGGCAAAACAACCGUGUUUAAUAAACACAAAAUUAGUGAUUGCAUUUUCGCCAUGAAGUGUGUUGUCAUCACUAGUAUAGGCAAUAACCGGAUGUAACAACGAACAAAAAAAAACACGUUUUAAAUGUAAUUAUUUUCGGUGUUGAUGAAUUGAUUGAAUAUUUAUGUCAUUUUAUUUAAUUAAUGUUGUGACAUCUGAUUACGAUUUCAGCACCUAUGAGUAAAUCAGGUACCUAAGGAAAAUCUUAGGCAACAGAGUUCCGAUAACGAUGAUGAUGUAUAUGACUGAACAUGUCGUCUACAGUGACGGUGUCAGCGACGGUGUUUGCCUCGAUGUCUAUAACGGUCAAUAACUGACCAAAUCAAUGAUGAUAACGGAGCUGGGUGAUUUCGAUGACAAUGUCGGCGAUAAUGCUUGACUGAACGAUGAUGAUCGAUUUUGAUGACGAUAUAGAAUAUAGAUGAUGAUUAGGUAUAUUAUAGUAACGAUUGAUGAUGUUGAAGAUGAUAAUGACUGAAUGAUGAUGAUCGACUUUGAUGACGAUAUAGAAUAUAGAUGAUGAUUAGGUAUAUUAUAGUAACGACUGAUGAUGUUGAUAAUGAUCGACUGUGUCGAUAAUUAUGGCUUAUAAAAUGUUCAUUGUUAAUGAUGACUGUGACUAAAACGAUCUUUGCUACUGCCAAUAAUUAUAACAUUUUUAUUUGUUUUAUGUUUCAACGCUGCACGCUGGUAACCUGGCUGGACGAAUGAAGUUGAUGAUAAGCGAGGGUCUCGCAGCAAGAGCUGACUAAAGCAAAGAAGGUUAAGCUAUUACAUGGUGCUGUCAGCAGUGGGGCAGGGUCCAAGCUGCCGAUGGCCAGGGCCGCUGAGUGAGAAACCGGCGUACUAUACACGCCGUGUCCAGGAUAUAGCAAUCUGCAUCUGACCAGCGAGAGUCUCUGAGUGUUGGGUUGGUUGGGUUGGUCAGUUUGGCAGACUGUCUAGUACAGGCCGUAAUGGCAGACUGUCUAGAGCAGGCCAUGACUGUUUAUUAUGUUAGUUUAUACUUUGGCUGACUAUCUAGAGCAGGCCCUGAUGGCAGACUGUCUAGAGGCCAUAAGUAGGUAUAUAUGCUGUUAAGGUACUUGUAAUAUGAGAUACUUGUAAUUUGUUUGAAUUGAUAUUUGCGGUUAGUUGUAUUUUAUAAUUGUUGAUGUGUUUUUUUUAAAUUGUAUGCAAAUUCCAUGUUGACGUGUAAAAGUGCCCUUGUGGCCUAUUUGCUGAAUAAAUGUUGAAAUUGAAGAAGUUGGCCUUGUUGCCUGAUUCAUUAUAUUCGUUUAUACUUUGACAAACUGCCCAGGGUAGGCCUUGAAGGCAGACUGUCUAGAACAGGCUAUGAUAGCAGCCUGACUUCUAGAGCAGGCCGUGAUGGCAGACUGUCUAGACUAAUCUAGUCUGAAGCAGGCCAUAACAAAUUAAAUCAGUACAAUGAUUAGGUGUGAGGUUUGGCAGACUGUCUAGAACAGGCUAUGAUAGCAGCCUGUCUUCUAGAGCAGGCCGUGAUGGCAGACUGUCUAGACGAAUCUAGUCUAGAGCAGGCCAUAACAAAUUAAAUCAUUACAAUGAUUAGGUGUGAGGUUUGGCAGACUGUCUAGAACAGGCUAUGAUAGCAGCCUGUCUUCUAGAGCAGGCCGUUGUGGCAGACUGUCUAGACUAAUCUAGUCUAGAGCAGGCCCUAACAAAUUAAAUCAUUAAAAUGAUUAGGUGUGAGUUUUGGCAGACUGUCUAGAACAGGCUUUGAUAGCAGCUUGUCUUUUAGAGCAGGCCGUGAUGGCAGACUGUCUAGACCAGUCAAGUCUAGAGCAGGCUAUAACAAUUUAUACUUUGGAAUGAUGUCUAGAACAGGCCUUGAAGGCAGACUGUGAUUGUUUAUGAUGUGUUAUAUUUUGUUAAAAUUCCUAGAGCAGGCCUUGAGGGCAGACUGUGAUUUUUGAUGUUGAUUUAUACUUUGCCAAACUGUUUAGAGCAGGCCUUGAGGGCAGACUGUGAUUGUUUGUGGUUAUGUAUUAUAUUUUGCCAAACUGUUUAGAGCAGGCCUUAAGGGCAGACUGUGAUUGCUUCUGAUCAUGUUAUAUACUUUUUCAAACUGUUUAGAGCAGGCCUUGAGGCAGACUGUGAUUGUUUAUGAUCAUGUAUUUAUACUUUGCCAGACUGUUUAGAGCAGGCCUUGAGUGCAGACUGUGAUUGUUUAUGAUCAUGUAUUAUACUUUGUCCAACUGUUUAGAGCAGGUCUUGAGUGCAGACUGUGAUUGUUUAUGAUCAUGUAUUAUACUUUGCCCAACUGUUUAGAGCAGGCCUUGAGUGCAGACUGUGAUUGUUUACGAUCAUGUAUUAUACUUUGCUAAAUUGUUUAGAUCAGGCCUUGAGUGCAGACUGUGAUUGUUUAUGAUCAUGUAUUAUACUUUGCCAAAUUGUUUAGAUCAGGCCUUGAGUGCAGACUGUGAUUGUUUAUGAUCAUGUAUUAUACUUUGCCAAAUUGUUUAGAUCAGGCCUUGAGUGCAGACUGUGAUUGUUUAUGAUCAUGUAUUAUACUUUGCCAAAUUGUUUAGAUCAGGCCUUGAGUGCAGACUGUGAUUGUUUAUGAUCAUGUAUUAUACUUUGCCAAAUUGUUUAGAUCAGGCCUUGAGGGCAGACUGUGAUCGUUGAGGUUGGUUUAUACUUUGGCAGACUGCCUAGACCAGACCAUGAUUGUAAGUUAGUUCAUAUAUUGAAAGACUAUCUAAAGAAGGCUGUUAAUGCUACCAGGUGUUGGUUGUAUUCAAUGACUGUUUACAUGAUCUCAGAUUCAAGCAUGUUAAGCGUUAAGAUUUAUUUCUCAAUAAGGCUAAAGGUUAUUAUUGGCUAUGAUUGAUUCAUGUGAGCCCAUACUGUGCAUAAGAAGUGUACUGUGUAGAACUUUACAAAUACUGUUGUUGUGAAUGUUUAUCUUUGAUAUCGAUAAAAGUGUUACGAUAUAUUGCUGUUGUUAUUAAUGUUUAUAAUUACUUUUAGUGAGAGGGCUCACUUUUAAAAAAAAGGAUGGCCGAAGCUGUAAGCAUCACAAUAGUUAAUAUCCUGUAUGUGGCCUUAUACUGAUAAUAACGUGUAGUAUGCACCGGGCUUUAUACUUUUUGGUUGUUGUGUUUAUGGUCAUUUUAGUUUUAUAUAGAGAACUGUCAGAUUUUGGCGGAAUGCCGUCGACCGAUAUUAUGUACGAUUUGAUCUUAGUUAAUACGGUGUAUCGAUGUAAUAAAAGAAAUAUUAACUGGA